AGCUACAAGAUACCUUCUUGGGUUCUUUAUCUUUAUUUGUUUUUUAAUCGUUUCUUUAACGUACUUAUCUUGCUUUAAUAAACCUUGUUUCUGCUUUCUGUUUUUUCAUUGUCUGUGAUGUGUUCUUCUGUUUUUUCUUUGUUUUUUGGUGCCCAUUUGGCUUCUUGAGGUAACUGCUAGGGAUUGAAUUUGUUUAGAUUUUCUCCUAAGAGGGAAUGUAAAGUUGUGUUGUGUAAUUUAGUUUCAAAAUAUAAAUCCUGUGGUGAAAUGAAAAGUGUAGGUGUUUAGACUUGGAUUUAUUACUGCUUCGGAGAAUCUGGGAUAUUGGUUUGGUUCGUUAUUGAUAACUGGGAGAAAGACGAUGGGACGGGCUUCGCUGUCAGUUCUGAUUCUAUUGACUAUUGGCUUUUUCUUUGCCACAUAUAAUUUGGUUGCCAUGAUAAUGCAUUAUAGAUCUGUCGGGAAAUGGUCACAUGACGAUUCGGAUGGUCAGAUAUUUUUGGAUCCAGUCACUGAAAUGCCUGAAGACGUGAAGAAAGCAAAGAAUGCCAAAAUGCCCUUCCAUGUUGCCCUAACAGCAACUGAUGCUCCUUACAGCAAAUGGCAGUGUCGCAUUAUGUACUACUGGUAUAAGAAGAAGAAAGACCUGCCCGGGUCGGAGAUGGGAGGCUUUACACGGAUUUUACACUCUGGAAAACCUGACAACUUGAUGGAUGAGAUCCCCACAACUGUGGUUGAUCCUCUUCCAGCUGGUCUUGAUCAGGGUUACGUUGUCCUAAAUAGACCCUGGGCCUUUGUGCAGUGGCUGGAAAAGGCUUCUAUCGAGGAAGAAUAUAUUUUAAUGGCAGAGCCUGAUCACGUAUUUAUAAAUCCCCUUCCAAAUUUGGCACGCGGAGGGUUGCCAGCUGCUUUUCCUUUUUUCUAUAUCAAGCCUGCUGAUCACGAAAACAUCAUACGGAAGUAUUAUCCGGAGGAGAAGGGUCCUGUGACAAACGUUGAUCCAAUUGGCAACUCUCCUGUAAUUAUCAAGAAGGAAUUGCUAGAAAAGAUUGCUCCUACGUGGAUGAAUAUCUCCUUGAAAAUGAAAAGAGACCAGGAGACUGAUAAAGCUUUUGGAUGGGUACUAGAAAUGUAUGCAUAUGCUGUGGCAUCAGCUUUACAUGAUGUGCAGCACAUUCUUCGGAAAGACUUUAUGGUGCAGCCUCCAUGGGAUUUGGCAACAGGGAAGAAUUUUAUCAUUCAUUAUACUUAUGGAUGUGACUACAAUUUGAAGGGUGAGCUAACAUAUGGAAAAAUUGGAGAGUGGCGGUUCGACAAAAGAUCAUAUCUAGGUGGACCUAUGCCAAGAAAUCUCGCCUUGCCCCCUCGAGGGGUUCCGGAAAGUGUGGUUACCCUUGUAAAGAUGGUCAAUGAAGCUACUGCAAACAUUCCAAAUUGGGACACAGAAUAGCCAUCUGCCGCGAUCAAGUCGAAGAGCACCAUACAUGCUUUAUGUGCAGAUGGGAAGUCUAGAUCCACAGCCAUUAGAAAUAUUGAUGUCCAGAAACCUCAGGUUAAUUAUUUCUAAGGAAUUGAACUAUACAAAUCAAAAUCAAAAAGGUUAUUUAGUUAGGAACACAUUAUUUAGGCGACCACAACACCUUUUUUUCUGUUUUCAACACAUUAUCAGAUUGAGAGUGAGAUCAAAAUGAAGUUAGCCUUGCUGCUUUAUUGAUCUAGAGGCAGAUAUGAUAGCAAUAUUUGGCUGUCCAUUCAAAUACAGCUAUAUUAAUUAAUAAGGCUUUAAUAUUUUUGAGUA